AUGUCUACCUUGCACAGUGAGUCCGUUGUCAAAAAAGAGGAAGAUGGACCUAUUUCCUACUCGCCAGAGCAGGAGAAGUUGGCCGUACGCAAACUUGACUGGACUCUCAUUCCCCUUCUAGGAAUUCUAUACCUCGUUUCCUUCAUCGACAGAGGAAAUAUUGGAAAUGCAUAUACCGCCGGCCUAGGCUCUGCCUGGAAGAUUACUUCUGAUCAAUAUGCUUGGAUUGUGCAAAUAUACUAUAUUGCAUAUAUUUGCUUCCACUGGACAAUUUUGUUGUGGAAGGUCGUUCCUCUUCCUCUCUGGGUUAUGAUCAUGGCUAUUGGAUGGGGAGCAAUGAGUAUGGUUCAAGCCGCCACGACCAACUUUGCAGGUAUCAUGGUGACCAGAUUCCUGAUCGGUGUCUUUGAGGCUGGUUUCGCGCCAGGUGUCGCGCUGUACUUGUCUUUCUUCUAUCAUCGCCGAGAGAUGGGCCUUCGCUACGGGCUCUUCAUAUCUUUCUCACCGCUUGCCAGUUGUUUUGCCUCUGCAAUGGCAUUUGAAGGGGCGCCUACCAUUCUCAUCGCAUUUCUUGCAUACUUCUAUUUGCCUGACGGACCGGGUCACUGCCCAACACUGGAUGCACGACAAAAUGAGAUUGUCGGAGCUCGUGCCCGCGUAGGCCGUGGACACGAAGAGGAAGGCAAGCUCAACUUUAAACAAGUCUUCUCUGCGUUCUUCGACUACAAGAACUACAUCCAGGCUGCCAUUAUCUUCAGCCUCAACACCGCGUUUGGCUCCCUUCCUGCUUUCCUUCCAACAAUCAUUCAGGCCAUCGGCUUUACAUCCAUUAAAGCACAGGGUCUCUCUGCCCCUCCCUAUCUACUUGCAUACAUUACGUGUCUAGGUAGUUCAUUCCUCUCUGACCGUGUUGGUAACCGCGGCUUCUUCAUCACCGGCUUUUGCUGCGUAGGUGCUGUCGGAUAUCUCUUGCUAAACGCUGUUCAUACUACUGCUAUCCGUUACUUUGCCUGCUACCUCGUGUGCGCCGGUGUCUUCCCCGCAGUCGCACUCACCUUCACCUGGGUAACCGACAAUCAGGGUUCUGCCUCGAAGCGUGGUGCCGGCCUGGCCAUCUUUGGCAUGAUCGGUCAGUGUGGCCCUAUUUUAGGUGCCAAGCUGUUCCCUAAGUCUGACGGUCCGUAUUAUUCCAAAGGUAUGGCUAUUUGUGCCGGGUUGUUACUAGGCGCUGCUGCGCUUGCGCAGAUUCUGAGCUUGUCUAUGCGUUUGCAGAACAGAAAGAGAGAUAAAGACCAUGGAAAGGUCGACGUUGAUUCUGUCCCGGAUGAUAUUACCGAUCUCGGUGAUGCUCACCCAUCGUACAGAUUCAUCUUGUAG